CAAGCCCGGCGGGCGCAGUAGCUGGUUUGGGACUGUGAAGAUGAGUUUGCAUCGCAGGCGCUUGCUGCUCUUCCUGGGGGGAGUCGCCCUCCUGCUGGCUGCGGGGGGCUCCGGCUCCUCUUCCUCUCACUCCCUGCGCUGCUUCUACACUGGGGUGUCUGAGUCUGGCCCGGGGCUACCCCAGUUCAUCGUUGCGGCCUAUGUGGACAACCAGCCUAUCAGUCGCUACGACAACAUCACAAAGAGGGUUUUGCCUCUAGUCCCCUGGAUGGAGAAGGUGGUGGAGGAUGAGGCCGGGUACUGGGAAGAGCAGAGCCAGAUAUUGCAGGACACAGAGGCUGUGUUCAGAGUGGAUCUGGUGAUGCUGCGGGAUCGCUUCAACCAGAAAAACAGCACAGGGCUCCACACCUGGCAGUGGAUGUACGGCUGCGAGGUGGGGCCGGACGGGCGGUUCACUGGGGGGCUUUACCAGUUCGCCUACGACGGGGAGGACUUCAUCGCCCUGGACAGGGAAACCCUCACCUGGACGGCCCGCGUCCCCCAGGCCCAGGAGAACAAGCGGAGGUGGGAGGGCGAGAUCCAGUGGGCCGAGCGCACCAACUUCUACCUGGAGGAGACCUGCGUGGUGUGGCUGGGAAGGUACCUGGGCUACGGCCAGGAGAGCCUCCUGAGGACAGAGGCCCCAAUGGCAAGGGUGACACGCAAGAAGGGCCACGAUGGCCAGGAGACCCUAUUCUGCCAGCUCUAUGGCUUCUACCCCAAGGAGAUCGAGGUCACCUGGAUGAAGGACGGGGAGGACCGGAGGCCGGAGACCCUGACGGGGGGUGUUGUCCCCAACUCGGACGGGACCUACCACACCUGGCUCAGCAUCGAGGUGGACCCCAAGGAGAGGGAUCGCUACCGGUGCCGGGUGGGGCACGACAGCCUUCCGGAGAUCCUGGACUUGGCCUGGGAGGAGCCAGGACCGAGCUGGGGGCUCAUUGUGGGAGUCCUUGUCGGGGUCACCCUCGCUGCCCUUGCGCUGGGGGCUGGAGUCGCCCUCUACCGGAAGCCAAGACUCCUGGAACCCAGGCCUGCCUGCUCCCCUCCCGUCUUCCGUGACUCCUGCUCUGAUACUUGGGGGUGGGCUCAGCGAGAGCCAUCCCUGUUGGGAUAUGGCAAGAUCUAA